AUGGGUCGUGAAGAUCAAGUUGAAGAGCGCGAGGUGCUCGAGUCUAUUUUCCCAGAAGAAAUCACAGACCUCUCCGAAACCGAGUUCCAAGUAUCCAUCACGCUCGAUAUCCUCGACGAGGAAGACCAAGAAGCACCCUCAUUUAUCCUCCAAGUCCGCUACCCAGAUGAAUACCCAGACGUCGCCCCCCACCUCGACCUGCUGGCUGCACAGAAUUCUCCAUCCCACCAACACUUUAGCAUCAGUGACGACCGCGAACAACUCCUUGAGACUAUCCAUGAAACCAUACAAGAAAAUCUCGGCAUGGCCAUGGUAUUCACAAUUGUCUCUGCCCUGAAAGAAGCUGCCGAACAACUCAUUCAAGACCGCAAGGACUCGGCCGCCAGAGUCCACGAGGAAGCCCUCCUAGCAGCAGAGCGGGAAGAGAACAAGAAAUUUCACGGCACGCAGGUCACGCCCGAGACGUUCCUCAAGUGGCGCGAGGGAUUCCUCAAGGAGAUGGAGGAGAAGGAAAGGCUAGAGGAAGAAGAGAGACUAGCCGAGUUGAAAAAGGCUAAGAUUAAGGAACCUAUCAAGUUGACAGGGAAACAAUUGUGGCAGAGAGGCUUGGCUGGGAAUGGAGAUGAUGAGGAGGGCGAUGAGGAAGACGUACCGACAGAUGGGGUGGAAAGGCUGGCGGUGGAGGCUUGA